UUUAUUUUGAACACGAUCUGGUGCAAUGUUUUGCAAUUUAUUCCUUUUGUUUUCGGAUAAAUAACUCAAAACUGUUAAAUCAAUAGCUGUGUUCUUAAAAAAGUGAGAUACUGGUGACUCUGCCUACCUCUUACAAUGUCGGAGGAUGACAAAACACUGCAUCGUUUGGAGGGAUCAUCUGGGGAUGCUCCUGGAGGUUUGAUCAUCAAAAAGAAGGAUGAACCAGCAGACUUCCAGUUUGCAAGGCCAUCCUUGUUGGGGCUUGAUAAGCUGGCUGCAGCUAAGAGGAAGCAGAAUCGACUGAUAUCCUUCCAAGACGACGCAAAUGAAGAAGACGAUGAGGCUGAUCGCAGUGAAUCCAGCGGGACUAAGGAACGUAAAUAUAGGAAGCACAAUGAAGAGACUCCGACAUACACUGGUGGUAUCUCAGAACAAGCGCGGGAACGCAUGAUUGAGAGGUUACAAAGGAAAGAUAAAGAACUAAAAGAGAAAGGAGUGCACAAUUCAACUCAAGAAGAAAAGAAAUCACGAUCAAAGGAUGACGAAGAUGAUCGGUACUACAGAUACCGCUAUGACAGACGUGACAGAGACAGACGUGACAGAGACAGACGACAUGAUGACUACAGAAAAGACAGGGACAGGGAUAGAGAUAGAAGGAAGGACAGGGAUUCAGGGAGGAGGGGAGAUUCCGAGAGGAGGGAUAGAAGGGAUCGGGACAGUGAAAGAAGUAGAGACAGCUCAAGAAGGAGCUAUUAUGAACCAAGGUUUAAGGAUGAGCCUAGGACACCCAGCCUGAAAGUCUUAAAGCCAACAGACAAGACAGCCUGGGACGAUGAUGAUGAUGAUCUCAAGGCUCCUCUACGUAAGUCCAGCUGGGACUUCCCGACACCACUGCCGCGGGAUGCCGGGCCAUCCGACAGGUCACAGAGAAGUGACAGAAGUGGAAAACCUUUGAGGGAUUACAAAGGAAGACCGUAUGAGUAUUCAGAUAGAGCUACACCACACAAGUUUGCCACUUCCAGACGUGGCUUGGAUAUUGAGGAUUCUGAAUGGGAAGAGGCUGAAAAGAAAUUAGAUAGAGCUUGGUACAACAUGGGUGAAGGUGAAGCAGACGAAUCGGAUCCAUUUGCCGGCACCAGCGCGGAAUACGUGGCACGCAAAGAGGAACAGAUAGAAAAGCGACGCAAUCGGAAGGUAUCGGCGCAGCGACAGCAGAUAGACAGAGACAACGAGCUGUGGGAGCGGAACAGAAUGCUGACCAGUGGUGUGGUGCACUCUAUCAACGUCAACAACGAUUUGGACGAGGAAAGCGUAGACCGCGUGCAUCUACUCGUCCACAACAUCGUGCCGCCAUUCCUCGACGGAAGAAUCGUCUUCACCAAGCAGCCUGAGCCUGUUAUACCGGUAAAAGAUCCAACAUCAGACAUGGCGAUCAACGCCAGGAAAGGCUCCGCGCUGGUGAAAGCGUUCAGGGAACAAAAAGAAAGAAGGAAAGCGCAGAAGAAACACUGGAAACUGGAAGGGACCAAAUUAGGAAACAUCAUGGGAAUACAGAAAGAGAAAGAAGAAGAGGAAGAUGGACCUACUAAGGAAGCGUAUAAAUAUGCCGAACACUUAGACAAAGCUGAGGCAGAAGAACCAGCGUCCAAGUCGGAAUUCGUGACAAAGAAGACGAUAGCGGAACAACGGCGCUACUUGCCCGCCUUCGCAGUGCGCGAGGAGCUGAUGCAAGUCAUCCGGGAGAAUAGUGUCGUCAUCAUCGUCGGUGAGACCGGCAGCGGCAAGACUACGCAGCUGACCCAAUACUUGCACGAGGAAGGCUACAGCCGGAUGGGAAUGAUCGGUUGCACGCAGCCGCGUCGCGUAGCUGCCAUGUCUGUAGCCAAGCGAGUCUCUGAUGAGAUGAAUACUAAGCUAGGUGACGAAGUGGGCUACGCAAUCCGUUUCGAAGACUGCACGUCUCCCAACACAGUCAUCAAGUACAUGACUGACGGUAUCCUUCUUCGUGAGGGGUUAAGGGAACCGGAUCUUGACAACUAUUGCGCCAUCAUCAUGGACGAAGCCCACGAGAGGUCGCUGUCUACUGACAUGCUGUUUGGACUGCUGAGAGAGGUGGUGGCCCGUCGCUCGGACCUGAAGCUGAUCGUGACGUCAGCUACCAUGGACUCGUCCAAGUUCUCAGCGUUCUUCGGAAAUGUCCCCACCUUCACGAUCCCGGGGCGGACCUUCCCUGUAGAGACGUUCUUCGCGAAGAAUGUGUGUGAAGACUACGUGGAUGGGGCUGUUAAACAGGCUCUGCAGAUUCAUCUACAGCCUGACGAAGGAGACAUCCUAAUCUUCAUGCCUGGUCAAGAAGACAUUGAAGUUACUUGUGAGGUGCUCACAGAGCGUCUAGCAGACCUGGACAGCGCACCGCCUCUCACGGUGCUACCGAUCUACUCUCAAUUGCCAGCUGACCUGCAAGCGAAGAUUUUCCAGCGAGCUCCACCUGGCCAGAGGAAGUGCAUCGUGGCUACCAAUAUUGCUGAAACUUCGCUGACUGUCGAUGGCAUCAUGUACGUGGUGGACUCCGGUUACUGCAAGCUGAAGGUGUACAAUCCAAGGAUUGGUAUGGACGCUCUACAGAUCUACCCAGUAAGCCAGGCCAACGCACGCCAGAGGGCGGGUCGUGCGGGCCGAACGGGCCCGGGCAAAGCUUUCUGUCUGUACACGCAGCGGCAAUACCAGCGCGAGUUGUUAGCUGCGACUGUGCCGGAGAUACAGCGGACUAACUUGGCUAAUACUGUACUACUGCUAAAGUCGCUUGGAGUUGAAGACUUACUCGCCUUCCAUUUUAUGGACCCGCCACCACAGGACACGAUCCUGAACUCCAUGUAUCAGCUGUGGAUCCUGGGCGCGCUGGACGGCACGGGCGCGCUGACGCCUCUCGGCCGGCAGAUGGCGGAGUUCCCGCUCGACCCGCCGCAGUGCCACAUGCUCAUAGUGUCGGCUGAGAUGGGAUGCAGUGCGGAGGUGCUCAUCAUAGUAUCCAUGCUGUCGGUUCCAUCAGUGUUCUACCGGCCACAAGGACGCGAGGAAGAAGCGGACUCCGUCAAGGAGAAGUUCCAAGUGCCAGAGUCGGACCACCUCACGCUGCUGCAUUUGUACAACCAGUGGAAGGCUAACAAAUACUCCAGCCAGUGGUGCACCGAGCACUUCGUCCACGGCAAGGCCAUGCGGAAGGUCCGCGAGGUGCGUCAACAGCUGAAGGACAUCCUGCAGCAACAACGCCUGCCGCUCGCAUCGUGUGGGACUGACUGGGACACGGUCCGCAAGUGCAUCUGUUCUGCGUACUUCCAACAAGCGGCCCGCCUCAAAGGCAUAGGCGAAUAUGUCAACUGUCGCACCGGCAUGCCGUGCCACCUGCACCCGACGUCGGCUCUGUUCGGGCUGGGCUCGUCGCCGGACUACGUGGUGUACCACGAGCUCAUGAUGACGGCCAAGGAGUACAUGCACUGCGUCACAGCUGUUGAUGGCCGCUGGCUCGCUGAAUUGGGACCGAUGUUCUUCUCACUUAAGGAGACUGGCAAGUCCAACCGCGACAAGCGGAAAGAGGCAGCAGUGCACCUCCAAAGAAUGGAAGAAGAGAUGAAGUUAGCCGAACAGAAGAUGGCCGAAGAGAGGAAGAAACGCGAAGAAGACGUGCCCGUCACGCAAGAGGUAGCGACUCCUGGUCUUAACACGCCGCGACGCGCGCCGCAGCGGUUGGGACUUUGAAGCUUACGCCGUGGGAAUAAGGGAUAUAAUGGCUUCCAACAAUGGACUUCAAUAGUACACUACCAGACAAUCUGUUCAGAAUAAAAAUCGUGUCAAAAAGCGCGUCAAAUCAAUAUACAACAAGCGCACGUAAAUUAUUACGUCACCAUAAACAAAAACAUGAACUCGUAUGUUCAUAGGGCAACAGUUAACAUUAACGUUUGAUUCUUUGAGACGUGAUUCCGUUUUAGGUUUUGCAGCAAUAAGAACUUGACGUCACGUCUGGUUAUUUGAGAUCAAAAGUAAAUCGAAUUCAAUAAUUAGAAACUAUUUGGGUUUUCAAAGAAAAGCAAUAACAUAGAAUCCUGUAAUGCAUCCACGCUCAAUUUAAGACUAACUCAAUCCACGUUGUACCAGUUAAGUUAUUAUAAAUUAAGAUUUGUACGUACAAUUCAAUGUGUAUGAAAUAAAAAACCAUCAUUAUUUUUGAAACAAAACUUUUAUUCAAUAUAAUCACCGUCGAAUAAACUUAAUAUCUGAACAACUAUGUUUAAGGAAGCCGGUUGGCAGUACCCUAGUAUACGAUAAGUCGGGCGCGGUAGCGUGCGAUUAUGGCCUUUGCAUCUGUUGGAUUUGGGUCCAAUUUCAGUCUAGUACUAGCUUAUUCUAUUGGGUUGUUAUUAUACAGGGUGUCCUAUAAUUAGCACGUCACACUGACACUGGAGGUAGCUGCUGAGUCUAAGACGCAUCGAAAGAGCUUAAUGUCCAUAGAAUCCCAACUAAUAUUAUAAAUGCGAAAGUAACUCUGUCUGUCUGUCUGUCUGUCUGUUACGCUUUCCCGCUUAAACCUCGCAACCGAUUUUGAUGAAAUUUGGCAUAGAGAUAGUUUGAGUCCCGGGAAAGAACAUAGGAUAGUUUUUAUCCCGGUUUUUGAAACAGGGACGCGCGCGAUAAAGUUUUUCUGUGACAGACAAAAUUCCACGCGGGCGAAGCCGCGGGCGGAAAGCUAGUGUUUCAUAAGUUUUAAGAUAUGACCAAUUUUAUUUAUUCAUUUCCAUAGAAAAGUUUGAUGAGUUUUGAAAUAUGACUCAUAUUAGUUAUUUUUAAAAAUGGACUUAAAAUACUUUUUAGAUGCGUCGUAAGCUCAUUUACAUCUGGUGCCAGUGGGACGUGCAAAUUUUGGGACACCUCUAUUAUAAUUUAUUGAUGUGGAUCAUGACAAUCGAUUUCUGCGAAUUUAUUUCUUUAAGAUUACCAUACAAAUAUUAUUAUUAGCAUGAGGCCACCGUCACACUUUACUAACGCCAAAUUUCUAAAAUAGUUUAGAUUGUUGAUUAUGAAAUCACUCGGCUUGCAUAAUUCUAGGGCUAAUGCACAAACAAAAAGGCUCAACCCUUUAAAACUACUACUCAACCACGUUUAUCCCAAAAUAAAAACAGUUUUUCAAUCUAAAUUGAAAUUGUUGUAAUUUAUAGGAUCAACCCUCCUGGUUUGUGCAUUAUAUCCAAAACAAUUGUUUAAUUGAAUUUUAACCGGUUUAAAUACUCAACGUAUCGUAUAUUACAUCACGAAUGUUUUUAAUUAAAUUACAUUUAUGUCUUUCAAAGUGAUGAGCAUAAAAACCGCAUAUAUUAGAAAGACCGAGCGAUUUCUUUACUGAACUCAAUGAACGAUAUAUUUCUUUAUAGAUUAUGUACAAAUGUAUUCACAAUAACCACAUAUAAACGGCACUGUAUGUCUGUGAUAUAUGAAUUCUGUACAAUGAGAUCUAAUAAUGAAUCAAUUAGGCUACAUUAAUUGAUGCAACUUUAACAGUCACAUUUGGACACGUAAGCGAUGUCAGUCAAUAUGAAUGAAAGAAAAUGAAAUUAGUAUCAAAAUAUACAUUAGGAAAAAUAUUUAAUCAAACACGAUACGAUAUCAAACGACUAAAGUAUAUAAUAUAAAUUAUGUUUCAAUAAACAAGCUUAUUUAUGUGUUAGCAUAAUAUUGUGAUAUCUUGUAAGAAAAGCCUCAUUGGACUAGAAUUUUAAAAUCAGUAAAAUCUAUUACUUGGAUGAGUUAAAACAAUGACUGACACCAGUGAAAAUAAAAACUUAAUAAUUCAAAUUAAAAGACAAUAAUGAUGCUAAUCUAAUUGGAUUAAUAAACAACCGAGUUAAAACUAAAUUUAAAAUAAUAAUUAUGUCUAACCAAACAGAUAUGUAUGUAAAACACUAACCUAACAAAGGUUAAAAAGAGCCGUUAUUUUCUUAAUCACUAACACGUUCAGCUAGCGUUAAAUACCAAAAUAUUACUUUAAAAGGCCUGUUAAGGACAUAGAAAUAAACAUUCUAUAUUAUUUGGAACGAUUCGAUACAAAACAUAUUUUUAAACCCUCAACUGUUUAUAGAAUAUAUAUUUUCAAUCACAUAUAUUUAUACUAUUUAAAACACUAAUAUGAGUACUUAUACUCGUAGCCAUUUCUUUAUGAGAAUCCGUUAUAACUCUUAGGAAUCGAUUCCAUACGUAAGAACACAUCAAUUUAUUGCCCAGCUCAACCACAGAUUGAUAAAAAUAAAAUAAUGUGUUCUGAAUGUUGACAAAAAUAUAUUUUUUUACAGUUGACAACCCUGUAUGGUACGACAAAAAAUCAAACAAAAAGACUGAUAAGCAAAAAUAUGUCGCAUUCCCAACAUUUAUACCGUUCACAAAUUAUAAAGAUAUCAAGCGAAUUACAAUCGUGACUUUUAAAAUUAAAAACUGUAGGAUGAUUCUCUAUUCGGAACUCACGUAGCGAUUAUCUGAAGUGUUUAAAGUGGCAAACAAUGGCAAUAAUCGAGUACAUAAAGCAUUACAAGUCACUCGAAUAAUUCGCCAGAAAUCACAUUCCUAAACUUACGCGAAAGUAAUGCAGAUAUCGAAUCUAUUAGGCACUAUAAUGAGUAAUGUAUCGGCGAAUCCUUUGACUGCUAUGUUCGUCUAGCGUUCCCCGUGGGUAGUAACAUUUAUGGAUAAUUUUCACGACCAACCCUCCUCUAGAUAUAAUUUUUACACAUCUGAAACAUCUAACCUCAACAACACUUCUAAGAUUACAAAAUAAUUUGUAGUAACCCUUAUUAGUACCAAAUUGGUGUUUUACUACAUUUUCAAACUAAAAAGAAAAAUCUCAACGUCUAAAUCUAAGGAUACAAU